CGCGCCACACGCGCACUAAAAUCUGGUAUUAAUCAAUGACAAGGGUGACAACUAACUAAAACUUCAUUCCCUAAAGAAAUUAGAUUACAUUACAAUUUCUUUUCCAUUAUAUAAGAAUAAAAAAUCAGAAAUAAAUCAAAAUGGCUGGUGCAGGUGAUGCAGCUGAAGAAGCAAAAUUAUCAGGUCUUUCAAAAAUAUUCAAUGGAAACACCAUGAGAGGUCGAGCUAAUGUAGCUAAAGCAACUUACGCCAGUAUAGGAUUAUUAAUCUUUUAUUUUUCUGUCAAACCAAAAUCCAAAAAAUAAUUUAAUUAGUUGCUAAGUUGUGAUAAUGUAAAAAAAAAAUUUGUUUGAAAAUAAACAUAUUUAGUAGUUAAA